GUGCAGAGAAAACUCCCGCAGGAAACUCAGAGUAGUUCGCAGAGAAAGAGAACUGCUUUGGAGUUAAGGGACUAUAAUCAACUUUCCUUCUAAGGGAAGCUGGGAACCUUCUCCCUUGGCUUCGUGAAAACUAAGCUGAAUCUUUUGUCAAACGCCUAUAAAUCAGGUGAAAUGGGCCCCUCGCCCAUGAUGUGACUUCAGCUGCGUCUCUCUCUCCCAACCGGUUCUUUUCCUCUGUGGCUGAUUGUCCUUGGAGUGUGGCCAGAAAGGGUCCAGGGCUAACUGGUCUUUCUCUUUGGAGUGAUGGCGCUUACCAUCGUUAUCCUCAGGCUACUUGUCUGCAUCCUGGCAUUUCCCAUGUUCCUGCUGAACUUUCUGGGCUUGUGGAACUGGAUAUGCAAAAAAUGGUUCCCCCACUUCAUGCAGAGGUUCACCGUGAUCUACAACGAGCAGAUGGCAAGCAAGAAGCGGGAGCUCUUCAGCAACCUGCAGGACUUUGUUGGCCCUUCUGGGAAGCUGUCCCUGCUGGAGGUGGGCUGCGGCACUGGGGCCAACUUCAAGUUCUACCCGCCUGGAUGCCGGGUGACUUGUGUUGACCCUAACCCCAACUUUGAGAAGUUCUUGAUCAAGAGCGUUGCGGAGAACCGACACCUGCAGUUGGAGCGCUUCGUGGUGGCCGCGGGGGAGCACAUGCCGCAAGUGGCCGAUGGCUCUGUGGACGUGGUGGUCUGCACCCUGGUCCUGUGCUCCGUGGAGAGCCAGGAGCGCCUCCUCCAGGAGGUGCGCCGAGUGCUGAGGCCGGGCGGGGCUUUCUAUUUCCUGGAGCAUGUAGCUGCUGAGAGCUCAACCUGGAUUUACUUCUGGCAACAGAUCCUGCAUCCUUCCUGGUACCUGCUGUUUGACGGGUGCCACCUGACUAGAGAGAGCUGGAAGGCACUGGAGCGGGCGGGCUUCUCCGAGCUCAAGCUGCAGCACUUCUGCGCGCCGCUGUCCUGGGAGCUGGUGCGCCCCCACAUCUGUGGCUAUGCCAUCAAGUAGCCCAAGUGGGGAGUAGAGGGCUGAACAGCUCAUAGCUUCAGGCUACACUCUGACACUUCAACUACUAAUUGGAAGAAAGAAAACUUUUUUUUUCUUGUUUUUAAGGUAAAGUUGCAUUUCAUCCUUAAGAAUUUAUGUUAUAACUUCUUCAGCCAUUUUCUGUUGUCUCCAGGGAAUCAAAACCAAGCCAAAGCAAAACAGGGUUCUCCCUUAAAAGGAAACGCUGGGCUUUCAUAAUUGAAGUUUACUAUUAUCCCCAAACUUUAGUUUAUGGGAUAACUUCAAAAUCCUUCUGGUUUAUAUGGCUACCUGGCAGAUUUUCAUUUCACCCCUCUCUUUGAGAGCUUGGUGCUAAGAGGCAGUGAAAUCACUCAAAAGAGGAUUUGAAAAGGGAGAAGUGACAAGAUCUUGAAACUUCACAGACUGAACCAGGGAAUACUGAUUAGUUGAAAAUCCAAAUCUCAACAGCCCAGAUCUUUCUGAAAGAGAAAUCUGAAUCUGUUUGUUGUUCUUAGUAUCAGCAGG